CUCUCUCUCUCUCUCUCUCUCUCUCUCUCUCUCUCACACACACACACACACACACACUCUGUGGACUGCAUGUCUCAAAGAAUCUGAAAAUUCGGGCCUGAAAUUCUCUUUGAAGAAAAGUUGAAAGAAUUUCUUUGGAGCAUAUAUCGAAAGACGAAAGAUUACGAUGAAGAAUUCGGUUUCGGAACAGAGUUUCUACAUCGAAAGCGAGGAAGACGAUGAAGAGAAGCUAUACGACAAAGAUGAAAAUGGAAAUAAUUCCGAUUCUUCGUAUUAUUCCGAAGACGAUAAAGAUGACGAAAAUCGCCAGCAAAGCAAAGCCGGUGUCAACCCCUCUUGGCCUCAAAGUUAUAGGCAAUCGAUCGAUCUAUACGGUAGCGUACCAUCUCCGAGCAUCAACUUUCUGGGCCCGCCGUCACUAUCGCAACUAAGCAGCUCGUUUCUUUCGUCAACCCUAAUAAGACGACACACACCGGAAAUAUUACCUUCUCUAAGUAAGCCUCUUAUAAUACCCGAGCCCGAAAAAACGAAAGAAAAAGGAAGCUCCCGUUAUCAGUUACUAUCUCCCACACUCUCUAGAAAAUCGAGUUUGAGAAAAGCCGUUCUCGAUAAACGAGCCUCGGUUGCAAAUGAAAUCUCGACAACUCGUCAGAGCACGUUUGGACAGGCUGUAAUAAACGGGAUGAAUGUUUUGUGUGGAGUUGGAAUUCUUUCGACUCCGUAUGCUGUAAGAGAAGGGGGUUGGUUUGGGCUUUCGGUUUUGUUGAUAUUCGCGGUGCUUUCGUUUUACACCGGGAUUUUGUUAAGGCGCUGUUUGGAUAGUCAACCUGGUCUUGAAACUUAUCCGGAUAUAGGACAAGCUGCCUUCGGUACUACGGGGCGUAUAUGUAUAUCCAUUAUUUUGUACGUCGAGUUAUACGCUUGUUGUGUGGAAUAUAUUAUUUUGGAGGGCGAUAACUUAGCGUCACUAUUUCCAAACGCGCAUUUAAACCUAGGAGUAAUCGAGCUCGAUUCUCACCAUCUUUUCGCAUUAAUAAUCACAAUCGCUGUUCUGCCUACCGUUUGGUUACGUGACUUGAGCAUUCUUAGCUACAUCUCCGCGGGAGGAGUUAUUGCGUCGAUUUUGGUUGUGGCGUGUUUGUUUUGGAUCGGUUUAGUGGACGAAGUUGGAAUUCAUAGUAAAGGGACGACGUUAAAUCUUUCUACUCUCCCGGUCGCUAUCGGUCUUUACGGUUUUUGCUAUUCAGGGCACGCCGUUUUUCCGAAUAUAUAUUCUUCCAUGGAAGAACCUAGCCAAUACCCUUCUGUCCUAUUAGCAAGCUUCGGUAUUUGCACGGUGAUGUAUGCGAGUGCAGCUACAAUGGGAUAUACGAUGUUUGGAGAGUCGACGCAAUCGCAGUUCACGCUUAACAUGCCUCAGAAUUUAGUUGCAUCUAAAAUUGCUGUCUGGACUACGGUUGUCAAUCCAUUUACAAAGUAUGCAUUAACCAUAUCUCCCGUUGCAAUGAGUCUCGAAGAAUUAAUACCAUCAAGACACGCAAAAUCACGAACAUAUUCAAUCCUCAUAAGGACAGCUUUGGUCAUUUCUACAUUAGUAGUUGGUCUCAGCAUCCCCUUCUUUGGUCUUGUGAGUGCACUGAUAGGUUCUUUACUCACAAUGCUCGUUACCUUAAUUCUUCCAUGUGCUUGCUACUUGAGCAUCCUAGGGGAAAAACUAAAUUCAUUGCAGAGAGCGAUGUGUGUAUUUGUGAUUGGAGUAGGCGUUGCAGCGUCUGGACUCGGAACCUUCUCAGCACUUUCGAAAAUCAUCGAGCGCUUGCGCUGAUUUUUUUUUUUUCCAGUUCUUUUCGAGUCUUUUUCUUCUUCGUCUCAAAUUACGGGUCCGAGAGUUACUAUUAAAGGGAAAGUUUUCGAUGACUAUAUUUACAUGAGACCUUUUUAUUUA